ACCAAAACAAUAAUAAAUUGACUGUAGAUAGCCAAAAGAUGCCGGACUUAAAAAUAAUACUGGAGUUCAGUGCUGGCGCCGAACUGCUCUUUGGCAAUAUCAAACGGCGGGAACUUGCAUUGGACGGCGACCAAAAAUGGACCAUAGCGAAUUUGCUAAAGUGGAUGCACGCCAACAUUUUAACAGAACGUCCUGAGCUAUUCAUGCAGGGAAACACGGUACGGCCCGGCAUCCUGGUGCUGAUCAAUGAUACGGACUGGGAGCUGCUGGGCGAGCUAGACUAUGAGCUGCAACAGAAUGAUAACGUGCUUUUCAUAUCCACACUGCACGGCGGCUAACAGAAGCGCUUUAUGUUAACUAGUAUAAGUACAAAGUUUUGUAUU